CUCCAAGAUACUCUCUUAAAAAUAACUUCUCGGACUCUCUGUCUUUCUCACAAUCUCAUUCUCACAAACUUUCAUCUGCUUUCCCUAUCGAUCUCUCAGUAGAAAUUUAAAAAAAAAAAAAUGUCACAGGUAGCUGUGGAGGCUCCUCCAAAGGGUGGUUUCAGUUUCGAUUUGUGCAGAAGAAAUGGCAUGCUUUCUAAAAACGGUGUUCCGCCUCCAUCUUAUCGCAAGACUGGAACUACAAUUGUGGGUCUAAUUUUUCAGGAUGGUGUCAUUCUGGGGGCAGACACAAGAGCCACUGAAGGACCUAUUGUUUGUGAUAAGAAUUGUGAGAAAAUUCAUUAUAUGGCGCCUAAUAUUUAUUGCUGCGGAGCAGGAACAGCUGCUGAUACGGAGGCUGUAACAGUCAUGGUCAGUUCUCAGCUGCAACUACAUCGGUAUCAUACUGGUCAAGAAUCUAGGGUUGUCACUGCUCUUACUCUUUUAAAGUCUCACCUUUUCAGAUACCAAGGUCAUGUUCAAGCUGCUUUGGUGCUUGGUGGAGUUGAUGCUAAUGGACCACAUUUGCACACUAUCUACCCUCAUGGGUCAACAGACACCUUGCCAUUUGCUACAAUGGGUUCUGGUUCCCUUGCUGCAAUGUCUGUUUUUGAGUCGAAGUACCAUGAAGGGCUGACAAAAGAAGAAGGAAAAAAAUUGGUGUGUGAGGCUAUUUGCUCUGGCAUAUUCAAUGACUUAGGAAGUGGAAGCAAUGUAGAUAUUUGUGUGAUAACUAAGGGACAAAAAGAGUACUUGAGAAACCACCAGUUACCAAAUCCUCGCACCUAUGUCAGUUCCAAAGGAUUUUCAUUUCCCAAGAAGACUGAAGAUGCAUCAGGCAAGGACGAUCAAUACUAUCUGUGUUCUGCAUGCAAAUUGAUGCAUCCAUGAGUUAUUGAUCAUCUGAUACCAUCAAAUUUUCAUGGUUGCAGAGGUUACCUGAGGUUUAAAGGUACGAGUAUUUUGAAAUUGAGAAAGAUACACAAAUGACAAUUAACAAUUAACCUUCUUAAAAGUUAACCUUCCUGUAACAAUUAACAAUUAACCUUCUUCAAGUAAACCAUCAUGUCUCUUCUCUAAUAGGUAAUUUCCCGUAAAACGUGAGACCUUCUUAAAGUUGUUUUUUUUGGGUGAAAAACCUUCUUAAAGUUUAGUGUAACAGUUAAUCUUUCUUUGGUAUUGUGUUAGGUGUAAACUAUUGAUUAUGUUACACUUAACCCUCAGACGCUUUUGAGUGUAACACAAAACUCUUCCUCUAGGAGUAAUUUUAGUUAUCUAAGAGGUUUAAAGUUAUAUUUGUCAUUUCAAUGGAUAUUGGGGUAGGGUAGAAUUAGGGAAAAAAAAUUGAUUGGUUUCCUAUGAGUAGUCAAUGCGUUACCCAUUUAACGCCUAUUUAAUUAGGUGGGUUAAAACUUAAAUAUAAUGGACGGCUUAAGGAUUAAGUUCUUCUAGAGCUUUUAGGGUAUUUCCACCAUAAAAUUUCUAAAGAUCCAUGUGGUUUUGGGUUCAAAGCUACUAGUCACCUUGGGGCUACCCCUAAAGAUUUCUCAAAAAAGAUGCAUGGACUUCAAGUACAUUCUAGAAAAUCUUGAAGCUAAGCUAAUGGAUUGGAGGAGUAAGACACUAUGUUGGGUUGGGAGAGGUAGACUUAUCAACUCAGUUAUUCAAGCCAUCCCAAAUUAUGUCAUGUCUUUUUGUAGCAUAAAAUUGAGAUGUUUUAACCAUAACUGGCCAACCCUCACAAACCAUGAUAGUCCUUAUUGACUAAUAGUGGCAGUUUUGUAUCUCUUCUCUUGAGCAUCUUUCUCUGUUAGAUGAAUAGAUUUCAUUACACAAAAAAUACUUAAAACACCUA